CGGUCGAGGCUGCGGCGGGAUUGGUUCCGUGUCGGGGCUAGUCCCCUGCUCCCCACCUACCAGGGUCGGACCGAGCCCUUCCUCGCGGGGCGGGGACCUCGGAACUGCCGACUCCUCUGCAGGUGAAGGAUAACCCGGGUAUCGCCCUCCUCAGGGCUCUGGUCCGGCUCCCCGCCCUCCCAGGCAGGGUGGGAGAGUUGGCAUCUCGUUUAGCGCCCCUACUCUACACUCUCUAUUCGCGGCUGAACGGGACUGUGGCCAAGUCCCUCCGUGUUUAUUCUGCGCCAUAUCCGCUGGGGACGUACUGUUGCCUCUUGGAGAGGAAAGGACACCGACCUGGGUCGAGGAGGCGGAUCGGGCCGCCUUGGCUUUUCAGUUCCUGGGAAGCGCGAAAGGAGAGCGGGCCAAGUUCCUUCCUCUGGCCCAGAACAGUUUGGGAUCGCACCCUAGGGGCAGUUCGAAGUCACACCCGGCGAUAAACGUUGGAGAAGACACACAUUGUGAAAAUAGCGACUCAGUAUCAUGGCCAGCAGCCUUAAUGAAGAUCCAGAAGGAAGCAGAAUCACUUAUGUGAAAGGAGACCUUUUUGCAUGCCCCAAAACAGACUCUCUAGCCCACUGUAUCAGUGAGGAUUGCCGCAUGGGCGCUGGGAUAGCUGUCCUCUUCAAGAAGAAAUUUGGAGGGGUGCAGGAGCUGUUAAGUCAACAAAAGAAGCCUGGAGAAGUGGCUGUUCUGAAGAGAGAUGGGCGAUACAUAUAUUACUUGAUCACAAAGAAAAGGGCUUCACACAAGCCAACUUAUGAGAACUUACAGAAGAGCUUAGAGGCCAUGAAGUGCCAUUGUUUGAAGAAUGGAGUCACCGACCUUUCCAUGCCCAGGAUUGGAUGUGGUCUUGAUCGUCUGCAGUGGGAAAAUGUAUCUGCAAUAAUUGAGGAAAUAUUUGAAGCAACGGACAUCAAAAUUACUGUGUACACAUUGUGAAAAAAUGAAGCACAUUUUGGUCUUGGUUCUCUGGUAUCAUCCCUACUUGGCCAUAGGACUGAGCCAGCUGACCUGAGAAUGGGAGAGGAAGACCUUCAUGUGAAGUCCUCAGUGUUGUGGAGCAGGCUAGGCUUGCUGUAUUCUCAUAUUUGGGCUAGGACUCUGGAGGAGGGAUUGCUUGGGGAUGUCGCUGUGUUUUCUGCAGCAGGGUCAGGAGUAGGUGGCCUGAUGUUAGGAAGCCCAGAAUGUGGGACCCAUGACACGUUCUGCUGCCAUGUGCUAGUCAAUUCGACGGCUGGCCACUAGGUGGCAGCAUUGAUCCCAUUUCUCUGCUUUGUGAGAAAUUUCAGGAAUGGUGAACUUUGGAUUCCUUGGGGAACUUGUUUGUGAGCUUACUACCUUGGUAUCAUGCAUCAGAUUCAUCCUAGAAGAGAAUCAUGAGUUACUUUUUUUUAAUUACAAAAUUGAGUCUGACAUUAACGGAAUUUUUGUUGAUAAAAAUGGAGAAAUAAAUCUUGGGGUUCAGUGAA